AUGCUCGAUUCGGAUUGUGAAGACCUACUGCCACUGGACUGGCAGACAGAAGCAAAUGAAGAGAACGAAGUUCUGGAUGCCUGUGAUGCCGUAGGAAAAUACAUAGUUCUGAUUGGUGGCACAAGUGGCGUGGGCAAGUAUCUUGCAAAAUCCUUGGUCUCACGCGGCUCAAUCAUUACAUGUCUGUCACGAAGCCCACCUCCAGGCAGAUGGUCCACUUUCACUUGCGCUAGCCAACUUCCUUCGCCAUCCAACGGCUCCCUCUUUUGGAACCACCUGGAUCUCAGUUGCAUGCAAUCGGUCUUUGAAUUUGCAGAAGUAAUCGCAGUUAACAACCUGAUCCGAUUAGUCUUCGCAGCUGCAACUCUCCCCGAGUCCUUUGAGAACCAGAGAUCGACUGACGGUUUUGACCGCAUUGUGCAAAUCAAUUUUCUCUCUCAUGUUCUCUUGACCCGUCUGCUCCAGCGCCGUCUCCGUGAGACUUCCAGAUCGACUGUCGUCUUCGUCACCUGCGAAGCCCUACGGGCAUCGGAUAUGGUCGAGGCAAACGAUGUCUUGUCAGCACUCGAACCUUCCCUCAAUUCUUAUUUAGAUACCUGCGGUCGUAUUAAACUCUAUGCGAAUACAAAGUUUCUCCAGAUACUCUUUGCUGCGGCCCUUCGAGAGUUCCUCCAACGGCAUAAAGUGCGAAACCCCGAGGUCUUUGUUUGCUCCUCCGGUAACUUAAUUUGGCAGAGCAAGCUUAUUUCGUCCGCCAGUUGGACUUGCUGGUGGUGGUUGAAAUGUCUUCGCUUCAUAGCCUACCCUCUUACCAAAAACAUGGAAUUCUCCACCGCUACGCUUGCAUUCUGUGCUCUUCAUUCUACCAUUGAUACACAUCAAAGAAGGAAGAAAGAUGGUCUUUACUUCAACGGGUGUAUUCCGAUCUCGUUACCGGAGGCGGCAUUUAAUCCAGAAAUGAAACGGGUCACCUGGGCACACGUUAACGCACUGCUGGAAGGGAAAUUCAAACUACCAUCGUGGUGA